AUAAUAACAAAAUAUAAAAAAACCCCUUCCUUCCUCACGCGUUUACCACCUCGUCUCCUCCUCCUCCUCCUCCUCUCCUCCAUUUUCUUCUUCUUCCUUUUCUGCUCAAUUUCCCCUUUAUAUCCCCCAAUUCCAUUUCCAACCCCAAAUAAUUCCAUUUCUCAAUCUCACAUUUCCUGGGCAAUUCCGUAAUUUCCCCCUCUCAAUGCUACAGAUCCAUGGAAAAUCACCCACUUCAGAUCCAUAACCAAAUCAAAAACCAACGACAACCCAGUUAAAAUCUUCAAAUUCCCAUCAAAACCCAGAUCUCAAUUUUUCUUAUAAUCAAAAAACAAUGAAGCCCACCUCAAGAUUUUUCACAAUAGGAUUAGUAACAUCAUGGUACUCCUCAAACAUAGGAGUGUUAUUACUAAACAAGUAUUUAUUAUCAAAUUACGGUUUCAAAUACCCAAUUUUUCUAACCAUGUGUCACAUGACUGCCUGUAGUUUACUAAGUUAUGUUGCGAUUGCUUGGUUAAAAAUGGUACCAAUGCAAACCAUUCGGUCUCGGCUUCAGUUUCUGAAGAUCUCUGCUUUGAGUUUAGUUUUUUGUGUUUCUGUUGUUUUUGGGAAUAUUUCGUUGAGGUUUCUUCCUGUUUCGUUUAAUCAAGCUAUUGGGGCUACGACGCCGUUUUUCACUGCGAUUUUCGCUUAUUUGAUCACUCUUAAGAGGGAGGCUUGGCUUACUUAUGUCACCUUGGUACCUGUUGUUACUGGAGUUGUCAUUGCUAGUGGGGGUGAACCGAGUUUUCAUCUAUUUGGUUUUAUCAUAUGCAUUGCUGCUACGGCUGCAAGGGCACUCAAAUCGGUGCUGCAAGGAAUUCUACUUUCUUCUGAGGGGGAGAAGCUGAAUUCGAUGAACCUCCUUUUGUACAUGGCUCCUAUAGCUGUUGUUUUCUUACUGCCUGCAACUCUGAUUAUGGAAGAUAAUGUGGUUGGCAUCACACUGGCUCUAGCCAGAGAUGAUAUCAAGAUUGUCUGGUAUCUGCUAUUCAACUCAGCGCUGGCAUACUUUGUAAAUUUGACCAAUUUCUUGGUCACGAAGCACACAAGUGCUUUGACCUUACAGGUUCUGGGGAAUGCAAAAGGGGCUGUGGCUGUUGUGGUUUCAAUUUUGAUAUUCAGAAAUCCUGUUUCGGUCACCGGUAUGCUCGGUUAUGCUCUCACAGUCAUGGGAGUGAUCCUUUACAACGAAGCGAAGAAAAGAAGCAAAUGAUUCGAAAUGUUUGUAAACAAUUUAAGUGAAAUAUUCCACACAUUUUGUUUCCUUUUGCGCCGGGACAGCAGCGAAACCUUCUUACGGAGCAAGCUCGGGUGGUGAAUGGUGCUGCGGAUUUUGCCCUACAUAUAUUUUUUUUCGUUUACGGGGAAGCUGGAAAUAGGUUUUCCAUUUGUAUCAGCAACAAGUGCAGGAUUUAGCAAAAAGUAGAAAACUCAAAAUAAGUGUUUGAUUUAUCUCUCUUAUUCCUUGUUAGGGGUCGUAGAGGAAUACAUCAUUUUUAUUUUGUUAUUCUUUCAGAAAAAUUAUUGUAGAAUUGGAUCUUUACAGAAUCAGUUCAUUGACAUUUUUUAUAUUGAUUAAUUAAUGAAAGAAAAACAUUCUCUAA